UUCUUUAACUGUUGUAUACAAAAUAUUUGUGCAUUUUAUAAUGAAUAUUUUGGUUUUCAGAGUCAUCGUAAUUAUUGGUAAGAAUCUAAUUUCAGAAAGUAGAGUUUUAUUUGCCAUCUGAUUUUUUGCAAUUUCUACUGAAAAAAAAUUAAAAACAGUUCAUCUUUUUUCUAGCAAGCCAGGUGUAGAAUUUUGCCCCCCACCCACAUUUUUAUUUGCCGUGCACUUAACAGCAUUUUUUGUUUAUUAGCAUGGACAUUUUAUUAUUUAAGUAAUAAUGUUGUAGUUUUUUUAAUUUAUUAAUAACACCCUGUAUUGAUAUCCCAGUUCUUGUGAAAUUUACACCCUGUGUAUUGAAUAAUUAUCGGAGGAAGAGAGAAAAGUGGAGAAGAGAAACCUUACAAAGUUUCUAUCUUUUAGUUAUCUCAGGGCUUCUAGUCUUGUCUAACAUAUCCUAUUUUGAUCCAGUUCAACUACACACCAGGAGAAGGGUUGUCAAGAUAAUUUUGCUGUAGCUGUUGUGAGUGUUAAAGAGGAAAAUAUUAUCUAUUAAAUGCUGUUCAUUCUGCAGCGAACGACCUGUUCAGGGUAUUAAAGAAAACUAUACAAGUCACGUGAACUCUGAAGAAAUUGUUGAUAUCCUAGAAACCUCGAGAAUUUCGGAAUAUCCUUAAAACCAGGAGAUCCUUAAAACUUGGAGAACUUCUAAAAAUAGGAGAAAUAAAAUAGGAGAAUUUCUUAAUAUCCUUGAAAACAGGAAAUUAUGUAACUCCUUGAAACCAGUAGUACUUUUGGAUAUCUAGGAAAAAAUUCUGGAUAUCCUUGAAACCAGGAUAACCUCUAAAAGUUCCUGAAACUAUGAGAUAUUCUAAAUAUCCUAUAAACCAGGAAAUGUUCUGAAUAUCCUCAAAAAAAAAACUUCAUAAAGAACAAAUAAUAAAACACUAGAAUAUUUCCACGUUGAACUGGAAUGCCACUGUCGUGAUGUGUGUAGAAAAUGGCGGGGAUAUGUUUAACUGCUGUUUUAUAGGUAAACGUAGUAAUCUUCUGCCUAGCUCAUUAGAAGCUAGAUCAUGGGAUUCAUCCUUGGACAAACUUCUUCAAUCAUCUUACGGAACAGCGCUGUUUCGUGCAUUUCUUCAGAAAGAGUAUGCAGAAGAAAAUUUAGACUUUGUUCUCCGUGUGGAGAGAUACAGAGAAUCUCAACCCAAAAAGCGUGAACGUGAAGCAUGGAAGAUUUACAGGACAUAUAUCGCUAUUGGAGCUCAUCAUGAACUCAACCUGGAUAUUCUUUCUAGAAAGGUGACUGAGUUAGCAAUGAUAACUCCUCAUGUUUCUACUUUUGAUACUGCUCAGCGACGAGUUGUGAGUCUACUUCAGAAUGAUGCCUACAGGAGAUUUCUAAGAUGGAGUGUUUAUCUGCGUCUAGCGUAUCCUGAGCAGUACACGGGAAAUGAACAGGAAGCCGAGGGAUAAAUGUACCCUGUGCAGUACACUAUAGGAAACAGGGAGCUGAGGGAUAAAUGUACCCUGUGCAGUACACUAUAGGAAACAGCGAGCUGAGGGAUAAAUGUACCCUGUGAAGUACACUAGGAAACUGGAAUUUGAGGGAUAAAUGUACUCUAAGCAGUACACUAUAGGAAACAGAUGGGAACGGAAAGUUAAAGGAUAAUGUACCCUGAGCAGUACACUAGAAGGUAACGGAAAGUUAAAGGAUAAUGUACCCUGAGCAGUACACUAGAAGGGAACGAUAAGUUAAAGGAUAAUGUACCCUGAGCAGUACACUAGAAGGGAACGGAAAGUUAAAGGAUAAUGUACCCUGAGCAGUACACUAGAAGGGAACGGAAAGUUAAAGGAAAAUGUACCCUGAGCAGUACACUAGAAGGGACCGAGAAGUUAAAGGAUAAUGUACCCUGAGCAGUACACUAGAAGGGAACGAGAAGUUAAAGGAUAAUGUACCCUGAGCAGUACACUAGAAGGGAACGGAAAGUUAAAGGAUAAUGUACC